AUGGUUGUUCGCGAUAUCUACUUCCAAUUCGGACCCGAGGACUCGUAUUUCCUCCGCGUAGGGCACCGCCAUCGCAGUGCGGGAAAUAUAGCUGGACGGAGGCCACCCUGGACGGAUGGCGAGAGGAUUCGAGUUGACAUGAUGGCAUGGAAUAAGAGCGGUAGUUACUGUUCCCUUUGGUAUAACCGUCAGGGCAAUAUCCAGACUACUACAGCCAAGUUAAAUCCAAAACUGGAGAGAGCGAUGUCGAGUUCUCCAAGAUCUGCGAGACGAGUAGUUUUCGGGCCUGAAGCCACCUGGUUUCUUUGGUAUUUGUUCGGCUGUUCACCGGAGUACUCUGCUGGCUUGCCCAAGGCCAUUGAAGAGAAUGUUCAGGAUGCAAGGAAGAUGUACACGACGCUGCGGUGUGUAGCGCUGGGUCCGGAGAACAACUUUGUCAUGAUUUGGCAAGAUGGAUCGAAAUCGUAUAACCUAGACGAGAAUUACUCGGUGCUGAAUCAGGCGCUUGAUAGUUGCGAGGGUGAAGAUGUGAGCGUAAGUAAUGUUUUCGAUAGCUCGUAUUUGAUUUUGCUUUUGAAAUUGAAGGAUACUUAUCCAGUACGACAGCGCAUCGCUCUCAAUCCCAACAAGGCCGGUGACUACUUCGUCUACUUCGACAGAACCAAGACCGCUAUGUUCCAAGUGUCUGAAGCAUUUGGCAAAGAUCUCGAGGAUGCCCUGACUGCCGAAGGUAUUAGAAGCACAGCUAUUGUUCGUCAUAGAGAUAAGCUGGCGAGACAAACCGACAUUCUCAAAAUGGCAAAGCAAAGCAAUCUAGUCGGCAAUGUAGCGGACACUGUAAACAAUGAGACAAUAGGAUCGAGCGGGUCGAGACUGGUGACGAACGGUGUGAGCAUUGGAGCAAGCUUGGCGACAUUUGCUAGCGCUAUCGUAGGUGUCGCCGCUUGUACAGUUAUGUAGGGUUUUUUUGUGUUAUCCUAAUGGUUACGUACAUUUGAGGCGAGCAAGGGGUGGGGUUUCUAGAAUGUUGAACCUGGACAUCGUCUCAUCACGAUCCUCUCAAAGACCCUUUGUUCUCCGUAUCAG